AUGAGGGAUUCGGGUCUGGAUCUAUUCGACCCGAAAAGCGUCGGCGAAGACAGCUCGUCUCCCGGCGCUGACUGGGCCGCGCGCAAAAGCAAACGGCGUCGCGGCGAUGCUGCGAAGAGGGAGAACGACAUAUACCACUCGUUUGCAGCUUUGGAUAUCAACCAGUGCCCUGAAGAGCAGAUUUUAGAUAGCCAGUCAGAUGCUGAAGACGGUGGUGAUGAGAAUCCUGAUGAGGAGGAAAUCCUGUUCAUUGAAGAUUUACAAUCAGGUGAUGAAGCUGCAAAUAGUGAUGAUUCAAUUGGGACGGAAGAUGGUUCAAGACUCCUGAGAGUUAAAACUUUACACAUAAGCUCUCCCAUAUUAGCGGCAAAAAGUCCAUUUUUCUACAAGUUAUUCUCUAAUGGUAUGAUGGAGUCAGAACAGAGAUACGUAACUUUGAGAAUUAAUGCCUCUGAGGAAGCUGCACUCAUGGAGCUCAUGAAUUUUAUGUACAGCAAUACAUUAAAUGCCAACUCAGCCCCUGCUUUACUGGAUGUGCUUAUGGCUGCCGACAAGUUUGAGGUGGCUUCCUGUAUGAGACACUGCAGUCGUCUGUUAAGAAACCUCCCCAUGACUACAGAGUCAGCAUUACUGUAUCUCGACCUUCCUUCAAGCGUUCUAAUGGCUGAAGCAGUUCAACCACUUACUGAUGCUGCAAAACAGUUCUUAGCUUCUCGUUAUAAAGAUGUGUCAAAAUACCAAGACGAGGUCAUGAACUUACCACUCGCUGGAAUCGAAGCCGUCCUGUCGAGCGAUGACCUUCAAGUACCCUCAGAGGAUGCAGUUUAUGACAUUGCUCUCAAGUGGACCCGGAACCACUACUCGAAGCCCGACGAGCGUCGUGACAUCCUCUGCACGCGCCUUGGCCGCUACAUCCGUUUCCCCUACAUGACCUCACGCAAGCUGCGGAAAGUCCUCACCUGCGGUGACUUUGACCGCGAAUUCGCCACCAAAUGCGUGCUCGACGCCCUUUUCUUCAAAGCGGAGGCCCCUCACCGCCAGCGGGCCCACGCGUCCGAGGAGUCAUCCUCCUCUGGCCGCAGGUUUGUCGAGCGGGCCUACAAGUACAGGCCUGUGAAAGUGGUCGAGUUCAGUUCCCCCCGUCAGCAAUGUGUGGUCUACUUGGACCUCAAGAAGGAGGAGUGUGGGGCCCUCUUCCCUUCAGGCCGGUUGUACUCGCAGGCCUUCCAUUUGGGUGGGCAGGGAUUCUUCCUCUCGGCCCAUUGCAACAUGGAUCAGCAGAGCGCAUUCAACUGCUUUGGGCUUUUCCUGGGGAUGCAGGAGAAGGGCUCGGUGUCGUUUGCUGUUGACUACGAGUUUGCCGCCAGGUCCAAGCCGCUGGAGGAGUACAUCAGCAAGUACAAGGGAAAUUACGUCUUUACAGGUGGGAAGGCGGUUGGGUACCGGAAUUUGUUCAGCAUUCCGUGGGUGUCUUUCAUGGCCGACGAUAGUCCUUAUUUUAUCAAUGGCGUGCUCCAUCUUCGGGCGGAGCUCACCAUUAAACGUGAGGUUGUGGCUUAG